AUGGCAGAAGAAACCGAAAUACCUAUGCCAUUCCGUGGUAGGACUGCUGUAUAUCGAAAGCCGCCCAAUAAAUCCAACAAGUUGAAAUCGACCAUGGUCCUGAAUGGCUCUAGUUCAGUUUCAGCCAUGCUUCAUGUUUUCGAAUCCAUGGACGAAAUGGAAAGAAACAAGCUGAUACAGAGCAUAGAGAAUCUGAGCUGGACACAAACUUGGGAUUUGACAAAACAGUUUGACAAACAGAGAAGACAGAAGAUGCCCGUGCAGCAGCCUCUAUUCGGCAUGGAAAACGAGAGUCACUCCUGCCCUGAGAUGCUCCCCGCAGCGAGGGAUGGGCCUGGGAUCGAUUUGGGCAGCGUUGUCUAUCAGUUGCUCGCAAAACCUAGGACAGCCGAAGGUGUUGAGGAACCUGAGCAAUGGGCAACAGCCGAGCCCCCGGACUGUAUUCCUGACGAUGAACAUGAAGAAGUCAAAAAAACGGUCAGCAAUGUGGAGUUUCGGACCCAGUGGGAUGCCCGACGCAAAAGUCAAGCAAAGGCAUACGCAAAAUCUCGUCGUAUCUUCCCAAUCGUCCAAAAUGGCAUCCUUGCCUUCACAUCGGACCGCCGCAACGCUGUGUACGAGCCGGAGCGGUCUCUUCUUGAUGACUGGACUUUGGAUAUCCGAGGAGGAGAUGAUCGAUGGCAUGAACUCAAACAUAGAAUUACAUCGUUUGAUCUCCCCAACGCGAGUGUCAGAAAGCAAUUCCGAAAAUGGUGGGAUCAGCUUCCAGCAGGACACCAAGUCGACAUCUGUCAUGUUGCCUUCUUUGACGGAACCGCGAUACCCGACGGACAAUCUUCUUUGUUUCUGCCCGAUAUGAAGCAUAUCCCCACACCUAGGGACAUGAAAGACGAGCAGACACGCCUGCAUUGGCACGAGACAUCGGAAGGCUACGUAUACAACCUGGGGAAGAUCAACAAAAAACGAAAGAAGAAGGAACAGGAACACCAAGAGCACCUGCGCCGCACUGCGGCUUACCGUGCUUGGCUAGAAUUGCCACCAGAUUCAAAGGUUGUUCCACCCGGCAUCUAUCUGCGUCCUGCAGAGCAGUGUGACGCUUCUUCUAUCCUUGAAAUAAUGAACUGGUAUGCUCAAAACUCAGCUUUGAGCAGUGAAACCCGAUCUAUGGAAGUGAAUGCCCUUGGGGAGCUUCUUCAAUUUUGCCGAGAAAACCACCUCCCCUUUGUCGUUGCUGCCCGACGUCCAACAGAGCGCCUAUGUCGCAACCAGAUCGACCCUGUGGUUGGCUACGCCUAUGUCAAAUUCCAUCGACACGGCAAGAGCGCUGAUAAGAACAUGGGUGAGCUGCAUGUCUUCGUCCAAGAGAGCAGCAAGAGGCAGCAUAUUGGACGGGCACUUGUUGAUAUGGUCCUCUCUUGUUUUGAUGUGACAUGUGGACAAAGCAAGGAUUACGAUUUUGACCAAACUGGUACAGUGCAGUACGGUGCGGGCUAUGGCCGCUCUCUCACAGCAAUGGUUUGCGCCAUUGCAACAUCACCGGAGGCCCAGGAGGAGCAUGCCUGGAUCAAGAAGUGGUUGGAGAGGGACUUUGGCUUUGAGGAAAAGUGCGUAUUUGAGAAUGCGAGAGUGAAGAGUGGCAAGAGCUUUGAUCUUCAAUACAUGGCUCGUCGCAUCGGGGGCCCAUAUUUGAACGAUGGGGUCAAGGGCCGACCUCAGGCUCAAGCCCAGCCCCAGGGGAGUGGUCCCCAGUCUGCGAUACUCAACUACGUCUGA